UAUAGUUUAAGUGAAAUUUAUUGUGUGGCAAAAGUGAUUUAGUUACUAAAUUAAAAAUGUUGGAGUUUUAUCCAAAUUUAAAUAUGGCGCAUAUGAUACGAAACGGCGAUCCAGACACCAUACAAACAACGACACAUCAAUGUAAUGGACGGCCAGAAAAUUUAUCAACAAACAAUUCAAAUGGAGUAAAAUGUGAAGUACAACAGCACCAUCCAAAAACAUAUGAAAUGUGUGAAGGCUGUGGCCAAAAGAUACAUGACAGAUAUUUAAUGCGAGUGGCAGAUGCAAGUUGGCAUGAACAUUGUCUGGCAUGUUGUGUUUGUGGAGUAUUACUGGCACAUUCCUGUUACACACGAAAUACUAAAUUAUAUUGUAAAACAGACUAUGAUAGAAUUUUUGGUGUAAAAUGUUCCCGAUGUGGAGACAGACUAUUAGCACACGAAAUGGUAAUGCGAGCACAACAGCAUGUCUACCAUUUACCAUGUUUUGUAUGUGUGGUCUGUUGUCAACCGUUACAAAAAGGCGAACAAUUUGUUUUACGGGCUGGUCAAUUAUUUUGUCGGCAAGACUUCGAAAAAGAAAUGUAUUUAUUACAACAAGCAAACACACCAGAAGAUGAUUUAUUGGAUGAUGGCCUUCGACCCCGAGAUGGUAGACGUGGUCCAAAACGACCUCGUACCAUUCUAACGUCAGCACAACGAAGACAAUUUAAAGCAUCAUUUGAAGUCAGUCCAAAACCAUGUCGAAAAGUGAGAGAAGCUUUAGCAAAGGAAACUGGUUUAAGUGUUCGUGUUGUACAAGUAUGGUUCCAAAAUCAAAGGGCAAAAAUGAAAAAGAUACAACGAAAAGCAAAACAAGAGACCGAUACAAAGUCAUCCAGUGAUAAAGAUAAAGAUGAUAAUUAUCCAGCAAAUUCUGGUGACAGUUUUUGUAGCUCCGAUAUAUCUUUAGAUGAUAGCACGAAUUUCGAUCAUUUAGACGAUGGUACAUCAGACACAUUAUCAUUACAAAAUUUAGAUUUACAAACGUCACAUUCUAGUGGUCAUGAUUCCUUGCCACCGGGGUCAAUAGCAAAUCCUAUAGAUAAAUUAUAUUUAAUGCAAAAUUCUUAUUUUAGUACAGAACAAUGA